AUGGCAAGCAUGAAGGUAACAGCAAUGCUGGGUUGCCUGCGGGCGCUUCUCAAGACGGUGAUCAUUAUCUGUCUCUUCGGAGCGGCAAUCUCGUCACGACUGUUUUCCGUAAUCCGGUUCGAGUCCAUCAUCCACGAGUUCGACCCCUGGUUUAACUUCCGCGCAACACAGUACCUGGUGAGCCACUCGUUCUACGAGUUUCUGAAUUGGUUUGACGACCGGACGUGGUACCCGCUAGGACGCGUGACGGGCGGGACGCUGUACCCGGGGCUGAUGACCACUUCUGCGCUGAUCUGGCACGGGUUGCGGAAGUUCGGGCUGCCAGUGGACAUCCGGAACAUCUGUGUGCUGUUUGCGCCCGCGUUUGCCGGGCUGACGGCGCUGGCGACGUAUGAGUUCACGAAGGAAAUCAAGGACGAGAAGACGGGGCUGCUGGCUGCGGCGUUCAUGGCGAUAGUGCCCGGGUACAUCUCGCGGUCUGUGGCGGGCUCCUACGACAACGAGGCGAUCGCCAUCACGCUGCUGAUGGUCACGUUCAUGUUCUGGAUCAAGGCCAUGAAAACGGGCUCGAUACUGCACUCCACGCUAGCGGCGCUCUUCUACUUCUACAUGGUUUCUGCCUGGGGAGGCUACGUCUUCAUCACGAACCUGAUCCCGCUGCACGUGUUCAUUCUGAUUCUGAUGGGCCGCUACAAGAGUAAGCUGUACACGGCGUACACUACGUGGUAUGCGAUCGGGACUGUGGCGUCCAUGCAGAUACCGUUUGUUGGGUUUUUGCCGAUUCGCUCCAAUGACCACAUGGCUGCGUUCGGCGUCUUUGGCCUCAUCCAGUUGGUCGCGUUGGGCAGCUACAUGAAGUCCCAUGUCUCCACCGAUAAGUUCAAGAUCGCACUCCUAAUCUCGGCCGCCGUUGUUGGGGGGAUUGGAGUGUCGGGCCUGUGUGCGCUGACCAUGCUGGGGUACAUCGCUCCUUGGACCGGCCGUUUUUACUCGCUUUGGGACACAAACUACGCGAAGAUCCACAUUCCCAUCAUUGCCUCCGUGUCCGAACACCAGCCUACGGCGUGGCCUGCAUUUUUCUUUGACAAUCAGUUUCUCAUCUGGCUCUUCCCCGCCGGCGUCUUCCUUCUAUUUUUGGACCUGAAGGACGAGCACGUCUUCGUGAUCGUGUACUCGGUGCUGUGCUCGUACUUCGCGGGCGUGAUGGUGCGUCUGAUGCUGACGCUGACCCCCAUCAUCUGUGUUGCCGCGGCGUAUGCGCUCUCCAAGCUCUUCGACGAGUACCUCGACUUCUCGGACCUGCGCCGCGCCGCGCCCGACGCCAAGGACGCCGCGCGCCCCUCGCGCCGCGAGGCGUUCCUGAACCUGCUCGCGAAGCUCCUCGUAUCAGGCACCUUCCUCUUCUACCUCUUCCUCUUUGUCUACCACUGCACGUGGGUCACCUCGACCGCCUACUCCUCGCCCUCCGUCGUGCUGCCUUCGCACAACUCCGACGGCUCCCCCGCGCUCAUUGACGACUACCGCGAGGCCUACUACUGGCUCCGCAUGAACACGCACCCCGACGCCAAGGUCGCCGCCUGGUGGGACUACGGCUACCAGAUCGGCGGCAUGGCCGACCGCACCACCCUGGUCGACAACAACACCUGGAACAACACCCACAUCGCCACUGUCGGCAAGGCCAUGGCCUCGCCCCAGGACAAGGGCUACGAGAUCCUUCGCGCCCACGACGUCGACUACGUCCUCGUCAUCUUCGGCGGCGUACUCGGCUUCAGCGGCGACGACCUCAACAAGUUCCUCUGGAUGGUCCGCAUCGCAGAGGGCAUCUGGCCUGACGAGAUCCGCGAGCGCAACUACUUCAGCGCCAGCGGCGAGUACCGCAUGGAUGCCGCCGCCUCCCCCACCAUGAAGAACGCGCUCAUCUACAAGCUCUCCUACCACCGCUUCCCCGAGCUCUUCGGCGACACCCAGGCCACCGACCGCGUCCGCGGCCAGACCAUCUCCGCGGCCGACAUCGGCUCGCUCGACUACUUCGAGGAGGCUUUCACCUCCGAGAACUGGAUGGUCCGCAUCUACAAGCUCAAACAGCCCGACACCCUCGGCCGCACCUUGCAGGAGGCUAGCGCGUUCGACCGGGAGCUCGGCGCAGGCGUCAAGAAGAGGCUCGUCAAGAAGCCCGCCGUGGGCCUCGUGCUCUGA